AUGCUAGAUAAGGCAAAAAUUCUGGACAGUGUCAAGAAAACUCUUUGGGAUGUGGCAAAUGUUAACUCUGGAUUCGACUUGGAGCGCUGGACUCUUAGUUCAGUGGUAACCUUGACUCUUAGUUUAAGUGUGAUAGAGGUUGUGCGGGUUAAACAACAGCUAAAUGCAAUUAAAAACUCUUCCGAUCAAGUUGAUGUAUUUCAGAAACAGUUUGUCGACGAUAGUAGAAAACGUUCUCAUGAUAAUGACGAACAAAUGGAUAAAGAAGCAUUUGUGAAAAAGACGAGAAUUAAAAAUACAAGUUCUGAUGAAAACCUUGCAUACGGCAAGAGUUAA